AUGGCCCUUUCCGCAGGGGCCAUCGUCGGGGUGGUCCUAGGCGUCCUAGUCCUUGCCUUUGCCUUGAUCGUGGGCCUCCGAUUCCUUUGGAUCAUUCACGAGCUCCGCAAGCCUUGGGGAAUUAGCCUUGAGCAUCUCCACGACGACAGCGAAGCGGGACAGUACACGCGCCACAUUUUCGGUCAAUACUUGGAGGCUAUCACCCCUACCAAUGAGCAGCACAUCUAUCAUUUUCGCAACGCACUCGUGGAUGAUGUGGCUACCUUUAUUAGCAACCACCUCGACUUGUCGAGGUACACCUAUGGAAAGUGCUCCGUCGACCUUGCCAAGUUCGUCGACGCCGCUGGGGAUUUGGAAGACUGGAAUAUUUUCAACGAAUACGAGGAGUAG